AUGGCCAAGAUAACCAGCAUUAUCCUGAUUUUCGUUUUGGUUCUCUCAAUUGAAUGCGCCAAACGCUGCUACUCUGGCUCGAAAGAUCGCUACGAGUCGCGACAAUGCGACACCGGCGUCAACGGCAAUUUCGUGUGCCAAAAGUUCACGUGCGAAGGCGGUCGAUCGCCAUUCGUUCUGCGAACGUGUGCCAAUAAGAAUACCGGAUGUCUCGCCGGUCCGGCGAUCUGCAAGUUCAGCAAGGGAACCGGAAGCUUGGACGCGAACUUCACCGUAAGAGCUUGUGCUCCCGAAGGAUCACGUUGUGAAGCGUCGAGCACCGUGUGCGCCGAUCAAGGCGGCACUGGCUACUGCAGCAUUUGCGACGGCGACGACUGCAACUCAUCCCCCGGAUUCAGCGCGCUCAUCGUCGCAUUUUUUGCCAUUGUGCUGCUCAUUUAG